UUUCAAGUAAUUAACCUUAAUCAAGGUUAUAUUAUAUGUGAUUUUCUUUCAGCUGUUGAGAGGAAACUAUCCACUCAUUUUUGCCUCUUUUGUGAUCUUCUAUUUUACGUUUUUAAAGAAAUCUACUAUGCAUUGAUAACUGGGUAAUUGUUUUGUAGUGAUUUGUCUCAAUAUAAACCGAGACAAGCCGAGAUCUUGGAAUUGGAGUCAACUGUAUUCUUCAUAAUAGAAAACGAUAUUCUAGCCGCUCUUUGAGAAGAACAUGCAUUAGAUAUUCAGUAUCAUCUGUGCUGACAGUAUGUUCAUUUGCAUAUUUCCUCGAAUCUGAAACUGAAAUAGUCCUGAAAUUUUUUGAGAUUUCUAACAACAUGAAGAAACAAACUGAUUUAGAGCAAAGGUCGUGUGAUGAAGAAGAUGGUUAUGAUGCUGUUGUUGUGGGGUCUGGAUAUGGCGGUUCUGUUGCAUCCUUUCGGAUGUCAAUGGAAGGGAUAAAGGUAUGCUUAAUAGAGAAAGGCAGGCAAUGGGAAGCUCAUGAUUUUCCAACUGAUAGUUUGAAGAUCAUGUCAGCCUCACGGGUGGAGAACCGGAACAUAGGUGUCAGCUUUGGCCCGAAAGAUGCUUUGUUUCAGCUCUUUGAACAAGGCGAUUCUCUGGCAGCAGUAGCUUGUGGGCUUGGCGGAGGUUCACUAGUCAAUGCUGGAGUGAUGCUGCCAACUCCAGUUCGUACUAGAAGGAAUCCAAAGUGGCCAAAGGAGUGGGAAUGGGAUUGGGAUAGUUGUGAAGCUUCUGCUGCUACCAUGCUUAGAGUACAAAGAGCUCCUGUCAGGUUUCCUGUUUCCAAAGUCAUGGGAGAAAUAGCCGAUGGACAGAUUGAAGAAAGUUGUGAAGACGUGGUGAAACUAAGCAUUAAUUUUGAUCUUGAAGACCCUCCACCCCAUCUUAUAAAGCUUCAACAGACAGGAAGCUGCUUAGCCUGUGGAAAUUGUCUUGCUGGGUGCCCUUACAAUGCCAAAAACUCUACCGACAAAAAUUAUAUCCUUUCAGCAAUCCAGGCGGGAUGUAUUGUUAAAACAGGAUGUCAAGUUCAGUAUGUGGUCCAAAACUCUCAUGAAAAUCACCAGGAAGGCAAAAAUAGCAGAAAAAGAAGAAGAUGGCUUGUUUAUUUAAACGAGAUUGACUAUGUAGCCGCUGAUUUUGUAAUUCUAUCAGCUGGUGUGUUUGGCACGACUGAGAUACUUUUUCAGUCACAAAUGAGAGGAUUAGAACUCUCAGACACUCUUGGUUGUGGAUUCAGCUGUAAUGGUAAUACUGUUCCUUUUCUUGCUGGAAGCCCUGCUCCACUUACUGCUUAUGGAUUAGACAGAAAGCAAAUCCUUGAAAGACCCGUUCAAAAUCUCUUCAUCUCACACUUCUUCACUGGGUUUCACAAUCCAGAGUGCUGUACUUCCAACUGCUUAUCCCUACCUCAUGUUCAAAGGGAUAGUAUCUUAUGGAUGGCCAACUGGUUACUGGUUUUUUCAUGGGAUUAUAGAUAAGA